GUCUUGUGCUGAAAGCAAGCUCUGGCUGGCUGGAAAGAGUGAGGAAGCUCAUGAUGAAGAGGCUGUUGAUCCUGCGAAGGUGCGAGCCAAUCGUGCGGUUCAGCUGCUUCAGCGUGCGCUACGAGGAGUGCCGUCGGAACCAUGCUGCGAGCACCGGAGGCUACGCCAUUGAUGGAUGCCUGGAGUUCAUUGCUGAAGGGGAUGAUGGCACCGGUGGUGCGCUCAAGUGUGCGGCCUGCGGGUGCCACCGCAGCUUCCACCGCCGGGUGCAGGUCUACGAGGUUGCAUGGGAUUACGCAUCCAACACGUCGACGACCGAGUAGAGAGGUGCUCCAAGCUUGAACUCCUGCUCCUCCUGCAAUGGCAAAUGCCCAGCAAUUCGUCCCUUCUCCUGGUGCAUGUGUAGGACCCUUGUGGUUGUUAGUAGCGUCUAUUCCCUGAAUUGACCCCUCCAAAUUCUUAUCUCCUGUGUCUUUGUCUGCCCUCUACUCUUAUAUUGUAAUUUCGUGCGAGCUCGAAGUAUCUAUUUGUUUGUUCA